AUGUAUUAUGCUCCAGCCAGACCGAUAGAGAUAGAAAAGUUUCCAAAAGGCUAUAUAAAACCAUCUGGAUAAAACCUAGAAUUUCUUUAACGACCUCCAGUAGAUAAUCGUAGAAUUUAAGAUUAUUACGGAAAAGUUUAGGAUUUGCCUACUCAAUCAGAGAGACCAUAAAAUAGAAUCUAUACAUAAGGAUCUUUUGAAUAAACUCAAUAAUUUCAAAAAGCAAAAAAUUAAGAGAAUAAAUUAAAGGGAAACUAAAACCAAGAUGUUGGAUCUAAUAUUAAUCCUUUAAGAAUGAGAUCUCCAGAUAGAUUUUAGAGUGCUCCUUUUAAUACUAUAUUCACUGAUGAUAAUAUUUAUAAGCCUGUUGGAUCUCCUUAAAAUUUUACAGAGAGCAUAGUGCACCCUUUGGAGAGUAGGCUAUCACCUUCUACUUUAAGGGGACCGAACCAAGGAUAUAUGCGUAAUUUGAGAGAAUUUUCUUAAGAUUUUUAAGAACCUAGUUUUGGUUUUUUUCCUUAAACUGUUAGAGAUAUUCAUUCAGGAGAACCAUUUCCAGGAUAUAGAAGAAUUGGUCAUCCUGAGAUGUUAAAUUAUUACAGGAGAGGAAUUCCGGAGCCAAUAUUAAGUAAUAGAAAUUAUGGGAGAGAUUUUAAAAAAGAUUUAUCCUACAGAGUUAUUCCAGUAACUGAUUUUAGAAAAGGACAUCCUUUUGAUUUUCAUGGACCUACUCCCAUUUUGAAUGAGAGAAAUGCUUUGGCAUUAGACUUAAGAGGAUAUCCUUAUUUGGAUUCUGAUAGAUAGAGAUUUGAACCUCCCUUUGACUAUAGAUCCUAUUAUGACUCUCAAGCUGUGCCUGCUCCGGAUUAUUAUGUACCAGAAUAUCGAGGGUUUCCUCCUUUUGGAAUGGAAAGGGAGUUCAAUGAGAGAUAACCCUACAAUAGAAGUCUACCUUAUUAGGAUAGAGUAUAUCCUUCUUCGUAUGGGAGAAUGGACUAGUAGAUGUUUAGGGAGGGGAGACCUAAUUACAAUUUGGAUCGAGUUUACUCUCCAUAUUAGGAGAGAGCUAAUGGAUUAAAUCAGAGGAUCAAAUAGGUUUGA